AUGGCGACCGUCCCCGUCAGCGAGGUCAAGAGCAACACGCGCGAGAGCAGGACCGCGGCGCAUUCACACAUCAGGGGCCUCGGCCUGUCCAGCGAUGGACGCGCAACACCGUCGGCCGGCGGCUUCGUCGGCCAGGCUGCGGCGCGAGAGGCUUGCGGUCUCGUCGUCGACCUCGUCAGGGCCAAGAAAAUGUCCGGCCGCGCUGUCAUGCUGGCCGGCGGGCCUGGCACCGGAAAGACGGCCCUCGCCCUCGCCGUCUCGCAGGAGCUCGGGACCAAGGUGCCCUUCUGCCCCAUUGUCGGCAGCGAAAUCUACUCGGCCGAGGUCAAGAAGACCGAGGCGCUCAUGGAGAACUUCCGCCGCGCCAUCGGCCUCCGCGUCAAGGAAACCAAAGAGGUCUACGAGGGCGAGGUCACCGAGCUCACGCCCGAGGAGGCCGAGAACCCGCUCGGCGGCUACGGCCGCACCAUCUCGCACCUGCUCAUCACCCUCAAGAGCGCAAAGGGCACCAAGAAGCUGCGCCUCGACCCCUCCAUCUACGAGGCCAUCCAGAAGGAGCGCGUGCGCCUCGGCGACGUCAUCUACAUCGAGGCCAACACGGGCGCCGUCAAGCGCGUCGGCCGCUCAGACGCCUACGCCACCGAGUUCGACCUCGAGGCCGAGGAGUACGUCCCCAUCCCCAAGGGCGACGUCCACAAGAAGAAGGAGAUUGUCCAGGACGUGACCCUGCACGACCUCGACGUCGCCAACGCACGCCCCCAGGGCGGCCAGGACAUCAUGAGCAUGAUGGGCCAGCUGAUGAAGCCCAAGAAGACGGAGAUUACCGAGAAGCUGCGGCUGGAAAUCAACAAGGUCGUCAACCGCUACAUUGACCAGGGCGUCGCCGACCUCGUCCCCGGCGUCCUCUUCAUCGACGAGGUGCACAUGCUCGACCUCGAAGCCUUCACCUUCCUCAACCGCGCCCUCGAGUCCCCGCUCUCCCCCCUCGUCAUCCUCGCCUCCAACCGCGGCCUCACCCACAUCCGCGGCGGCACAAACCUGCCCCCCUCGGCGCACGGCAUCCCCCCAGACCUGCUCGCCCGCCUCCUCAUCAUCCCCACACAUCCCUACAACGCAAGCGAGAUCAAGAGCAUCAUCACGACGCGCGUCGGCACCGAGCGCCUGCAGAUCAGCAACGACGCAAAAGACAAGGUCACAGACCUCGGGGUCAAGGUCUCGCUGCGCUACGCGCUGCAGCUGCUUGCCCCCGCGAGCGUGCUGGCCAAGGUCGCCGGGCGCGAGGGCGGCGAGAUUGCCGUGCACGAUGUCGACGAGUGCGAGGACCUGUUCCUCGACGCUGGGCGGAGCGCAAAGGGGCUCGGCGAGGCGGACGGGUAUAUCGCGUGA